AUGUGGCCUCAAGGGGCCGCCUUUGUGGCCCUGCCCCUCCUGGGGCCCACCCUGGUCUGGCUGCUCACCCAUCAUUGGAUGUCUGGUUGGUGUGACAGCCUGAGAAAGCUGCCCUGGUGCCCAUCCCACAGAGUCUUGUUGCUGGUGUGGACAGCCAUCUACUCUAUCACGGGAUAUGCCUCCUACCUUGUGUGGAAGGACCUGGGAGGGGGCUUUGGGCGACCCCUGGCCCUGCCUCUCGGCCUCUAUGCUGUGCAGCUCGCCAUCAGCUGGACUGUCCUGAUUCUCUUGUUCACAGCCCACACCCCCGGUCUGGCCCUGCUGCACCUGCUGCUGCUCUUCGGGCUGGUGGUGAGCACGGCACUGAUCUGGCACCCCAUCAACAAGCUGGCUUCCCUGCUCCUGCUGCCCUACCUGGCCUGGCUCACCGUGGUUUCUUCCAUCACCUAUCGCCUGUGGAGGGACAGCCUUUGUCCAGAACACCAGCCCCAGCCCACAUGGGAGAAGAGUGACUGA